AUGUUCGGAAUCGACUUUAGCGCGUGGGUGCCGUCGCCGCCUCCGGAGCACGCGUUUUCUGGCACCCCCGCGGUGGUGGUGUCGCUAGUAUGCACGGUGUUCGCCGUGUUUCUCUCCGUACGCCACAUCGUCAUGCACCUCCGUAACUACACCGAGCCCACGUACCAGCGUUACAUCGUCCGGAUCAUCUUCAUGGUCCCCGUACGCGCCUCGGCGACGAUGGAUCCUUAUUUCCCGCCUGACCUCUCUCCCCCUCUCUCCUACCCGUUCCCCCGACCCGGUCUAACCUCGUUCUCCCUCUGCCACUCUCCCCUUCUCUCCGUGACGUCACGGCCUUUAUCCACCUAUCUCCCCACCCUCUGCCUCUUCCCCACGCUCCCUCCCCCUCUACUCUCCCUCCCCUCCCCUCCUCCCCCUCUCCUUUUCAACAGCUACGAGGCGUGGGUGAUUCACAACUUCCUCUCGCUCUGCCUCUCCUGGGUAGGGGGACUAAGCUCUGUGGUGUUCGCUCCCGCCCGUCUCUCUCUCCCCGUUUCCCCCCCGUUUCCCCCAAACAGCUACGAGGCGUGGGUGAUUUACAACUUCCUCUCGCUCUGCCUCUCCUGGGUGGGCGGGCCAGGCGCCGUGGUGACGAGUCUAACAGGGCGGCUGCUGAAACCCUCCUACCUGCUCAUGACCUGCUGCUUCCCGCCCAUCCCCCUUGACGGUCUCACAGGGCGACUGCUCAAGCCGUCGUACCUGCUCAAGCCGUCGUACCUGCUCAAGCCGUCGUACCUGCUCAAGCCGUCGUACCUGCUCAAGCCGUCGUACCUGCUCAAGCCGUCGUACCUGCUCAAGCCGUCGUACCUGCUCAAGCCGUCGUACCUGCUCAAGCCGUCGUACCUGCUCAAGCCGUCGUACCUGCUCAUGAGUGGGCUGUCUGCAGUUCGUCUACUUGAAGCCUCUCGCCUUCCUUGUCAUCUACCCCUCCCCUCUCCCCGCUCUCCCCCCUCUCUCCCCCUCCCCAACCCACCUUUCAAUGACAGCCGCUUCAUCCGGAGGUGCAAGCAGGGCUGUCUGCAGUUCGUGUACUUAAAGCCCAUCCUGGCGGCCACCUGCCUGUGCCUCUACUACUACGGCCUCUACGAGGAUGGCAACUUCGCCCUCUCAGACGGCUACAUCUACAUCACAUGCAUCUACAUGGCAUCUUAUUCUGUGGCGAUUUACGCCCUCAUUCUCUUCUACGUCGCGUGCCGGGAGCUGCUUCGCUCUUUCAACCCCGUGCCCAAGUUCCUGAUGAUCAAGGCUGUGGUGUUCCUGACCUACUGGCAGGUGAGGAUGGGUUCAGUGUGGUUGCUGGUGGUAGAAGCAGGCCGUGGUGUUCCUGACCUACUGGCAGGUGAGAAUGGGUUCAGUGUGGUUGCUGGUGGUAGAAGCAGGUGGCAGUCGGUAGCAGUCAGUGUGCUGCUUCGCUCCUUCAGCCCCGUGCCCAAGUUCCUGAUGAUCAAAGCGGUGGGCGUGUUGGUCUUCAUAGUGGCGCAGAUGGGCUACGUGAGCAGCGCGGAGGGCGCGGAGGACGCGGCCGACCUCCAGAAUGUGCUCAUCUGCGUUGGCGCAGAUGGGCUACGUCAGCAGCGCGGAGGACGCGGCCGUCCUCCAGAACGUGUUAAUAUGUGCGGAGAUGGUGCUGGGCGCGCUGGGCUUCAUUCAUGCACGCCCUCCCCUUCAAGCCCUCCCUUCCUCGCUUCCCUUGCUCCCUAUCCUAAAACUCCCAUCCCUCUCUCCCUCCCCUCUCUCCCCAUCCCACCUCCCCCUUCCCUAUCCCUCUCUCGCUUCUUUCAGGGCGUGCUGGGAGACAACACUGCGACCCAACGCUCACACCUCCUUCCCCUCCCCUCUCUCCCUGUGCCUCCAUUCCCUUCCAUGCUGGUGUUCAUAGUGGCGCAGAUGGGCUACGUCAGCAGUGCAGAGGACGCGGCCGACCUACAGAACGUGCUCAUCUGUGCGGAGAUGGUGCUGGGGGCGCUGGGCUUCAUUCAUGCACGUCCUCCCCUUCAAGCCGGAGUGCUGGUGUUUAUAGUGGCGCAACUAGGAUAUGUACGCAGUGCAGAGGACGCGGCAGACCUGCAGAACGUGCUCAUCUGUGCGGAGAUGGUGCUGGGCGCGCUGGGCUUCAUGCACGCCUUCCCCUUCAAGCCGUUUCUGCAGGCCAAUGUGGCCAUGAAUGGGGAACAGGCGGGGCUGCUGAGGUCGAUUAAACAUGCCAUCAACCUCACAGACGUUGUCAGCGACACUGUUCACCAGGUGAGCUGGUUACCAGGUGGGCUGGUUACCAGGUGGGCUGGUUACCAGUUCGCCCCCACUUACCACGGCUAUGUGCUCUACAGCGAUGGUACAGGGGAGAGGGGGAUAGAGAGAGACGCCUGGUUCGCCCCCACCUACCAUGACUAUGUGCUCUACAGCGACGGCACAGGGGAGACCCACCAUUACCGCACGCGCACCUGGGUUGGUGAUCCGUACAUCAUCCCUACCCUUCUCUUUCUCCCCAUCCCUAUUCCCCUGCAGUUCGCCCCCACCUACCAUGACUAUGUGCUCUACAGAGACGGCACGGGGGAGAGGGGGGGAGGGAGACACACCUGGCUUGGUGAUCCCUGCAUCAUCCCUACCCUUGUCUCCGCCCCUAUUCCCCUGCAGUUCGCCCCCACCUACCAUGACUAUGUGCUCUACAGCGACGGCACGGGGGAGACCCACCACUACCGCACACGCACCUGGGUUGGUGAUUCAUACAUCAUUCCUACCCUUCUCCCCAUCCCCAUUCCCAUGCAGUUCGCCCCCACCUACCAUGACUAUGUGCUCUACAGCGAUGGCACGGGGGAGACCCACCACUACCGCACACGCACCUUCGUGCCCUCAGGUGUGUUUCUGUGUCCUCUCAGGUGUGUUUCUGUGUCCUCGGGUGUGUUUCUGUGUCCUCUGGUGUGUUUCUGUGUCCUCGGGUGUGUUUCUGUGUCCUCAGGGAGGGAGAUGGAGUCGUGUCGGCGCUCGGCCAGUGGCAGCAGCCAGCCGCACCACUUCACAGACCUGGAGGCCCUCUCCACCUCCGACCGCCCUGCUGGGUCCACAGGGAUGGCCUCUCAGGGUGCUGGUGUUGACUCUGCUGAUUCUUUUCUCUCAGAAGCGCAGCUUAUUUCGACAGAGAAUGCUGACGGGAAACUGGGGAGUGGAGGGAAAGACAGUGGGGCUGCUGGGGGGGUGGGGGGCACGGUGGGUGUGGCGUUGUCUGGCGGCGCGUCUUUGGCUGCGAGGAAGCAGAAAGCUGAGGAGAAGCAGCAGAAGACCAAGCCCGCCAAGGAGGAGAAGCAGCAGAAGCGGAAAGCCGAAAAAGACCCCAACGCUCCCAAGAAACCAACAACCCCCUACUUCCUGUUCUUAGAAGAUUUUCGGAAGCAAUACAAGGAGGAACAUCCCGAAUCGAAGGGCGUCACAGAGGUAGAGGCGCAAGGGCAGCAGGGGGGGCGGCCAGUGCCGGAGCUGAAUGACGUGGAGAGCGUGGGGGAGGAGAGGGACCGCUCGUUACUGUCACACGGGAGAGUUGGCGCGACGUUUGGUCAGGGAGGCGGGGAAGGGCAUGGGAUCACGGGGGUGACUCAAACGGGGGGAGGAGCAGGAGGAGGAGAGGCGGGAGCAGGAGGGGGAAGGGGAGGAGGAAGGUCAGGAAGCAAGCACAAGGAGGGACGUGUUCGGGCGUCUGGAGGCGUUGCUGCUGGUGGUGGUGGUGCUGCUGGUGUCCCAGAUGUGACUGUAGAUGGAAGGGACUAUGACGGGGCCUCUGGGGAUGUAGUAACAAGUGAAGGAAGAGGGGAGGAGGAGGAGGGCGAGAGGGGAAGGAAGGACAGGAAGAAUGACCGGAAGGAGAAGAGGAAGAAGAAGAAGGAUAAGGAGGAAAAGGAGAAGGAGAAGGAAGGUAAGGAGAAGGGGAAGGGUAAGGGGAAAGGGAAGGCGAAGGGAAAGGGAAAGGACAAGCAGGGGCAAGAGGAAGGGGAAGACGGGGAAGAUGGAAUUGAGAUGUUGGCACAUGGAAAGUUAGUAGCAGCGAUAGCAUCAGCAGGAGGGGAUGGGGAUAACGCAAGCAUACCCUUGGGCACUGGGGGUAUUGCGGGCACUGGUACUACUGGUGCCGGUGGUGGGGGUGACAGAGGUAGUGCGGAAGGUGGUGGCUUUGGAGGGACGGCUAGGGAUGCACUUACAGGAGACACUGGGGGCGGUGUGGCUGGAAACGUGCAGGGCGCUGGGUGGGGACACGAGGGCAUUGGGGCGGGAGACGAGCAGGGGGCUGGGUGGGGGGGAGACGAGCAGGGUGCUGGUGCUGCAUCGGGAGACGAGUUCUUUUCAGACAAGGACGUGCCGGACGUGUGGUCUGACUUUGAGUCGAAACUCGCUCUGGACGGCCGGAAAGCUGCUGUCCGGAACGUGCUUCCUGGCGACUCCCCUUCCGCCUUAAGCUUUGGUCCGUCAGCCGUUGCUGCUCUACCCAACGGGCUUGGUGACCUGGACGAGCGGGUGAGAAAGGAGCGCGCGCGGGAGGAGCGAGCGCGGGAGGAGGAGCGAGUGCGGGAGCUGCUAGCCGCCCAGGAGAAAGCUUUAAAAGAGGCGCACGCGAGGGAGAUAGAGGGGGUGAAGGCGAGGGUUGAGAGGGAGGUGCAUGAGCGCGUGAUGGCGGAGGUGGCGGAGGUGGAGGCAAGAGUAGAGCAGGAGGUGCAGGAGCGGGAGGCGCUGGAAGAGCAGCAGCGGGUGAGGGCGGAGGAGCAUCAAAGGGAGGUGUGGGAGCUGCAGUGCAGCGCGGAGGAGAUGCGGCAGCAGCAUGAGCAGCUCAUGGCGGAACUGCAGGAGCUGCGGCAGCUGCGGUACGGGGGCGAGGAGGUGGAGAGGCAGCGGAGGGAGGUGGAGAGGGAGCGGGCGGAGGUGGUUCGGCUGCGCAAGGGCAUGGCGGAGAGCGUGUUUCAGAAGCAGCAGUGGGCGCUGGACAUGCAGGAAAUGGAUAAGAUCAAGAAGGAGCUGAACGAGCUGAGGGCGCGAGAGAGGGAGCUGCAGAAGCAGCUGCGGAUAGGCUCGGGCUCUUCCUCAGAGAUCACAGCACUCAAGCAGGUGGUGGCAUCACUUAAAGCCCGCGAGGAGGAGGUGAACGCCAAAGAGGCUCUUGCCCUGGCGAAGCACAAGGAGGUGGAGGCCUUGCGCAAGGUGCAGGAGAAGGUGGAGGUGGAGCUGGUGGAGGCGAGGCGCAUGAACAACGAGCUGCAGCUGCAGAGGAGGAAGAUGAGCGUGCAGCUGGCCGAGGCCCAGGCACACAUGGAUAGGCUCAUAGCGCCCGAGAGCCAGCAGCUGAAGAAGGCACAGAUGGAAGCCAUGCUGCUGCGGCAGCGAGUGGCGGAUCUUCUCAGACAGGUCGAAGGUCUACAGAACAGCCGGUUCAGCGAGGUGGAGGAGGUGGUGUACCUGCGGUGGGUGAACGCGUGUCUGCGCUUUGAGCUGCGCCACAACAAGGCCAUGGCUGGCGGCAAGGACUCGGCGCUCUCCCUCAACAACAACCGCAGCCCGCGCUCCCAGGUGAGGGUGCUGCUUUCGCCCCACGCUCCCAGGGGAGGGUGCUGCUUUCGCCCCACGCUCCCAGGAUCGCGCCAAACACCUCAUGCAGCAGUUUGCCGAUGGCUACCCACAGGAAGCCCUCAGGUGCUGCUGGUGGUGGUCGGUAAAUCGACGAUGAUUCCGACUCCCUCUCUCUCUACAACGACUCUGCCUCCUUCGCCUCCUCGCCUCCUGGUCUCUUGGCCCACCGAGGCAGCACUGCUGCCAGUAACAGCCAAUCCCCCUCGUGUUUCCUUCCCCUCUCCCUACCCCUUUCUUCUUUCCCUCUGCACCCCUCAGGACCGUGCGAAACACCUCAUGCAGCAGUUUGCCGACGGCUACCCCACAGGGGAACCUUCAGCUGCUGGUGGUCGGUACAACGACGACGAUUCCGACUCCCUGUCUCUCUACAACGACUCUGCCUCCUUCACCUCCUCGCCUGACCAUCGCUUCCCCUGUCUGUCCCUUCCUUUACCCCUCUGUACCCCUCAGGACCGCGCGAAACACCUCAUGCAGCAGUUUGCCGACGGCUACCCCACAGGGGAACCUUCAGCUGCUGGUGGCCGUUACAACGAUGACGACUCCGACUCCCUCUCCCUAUACAACGACUCUGCCUCCUUCGCCUCCUCGCCUGACCGCGGCAGCGCUGCUGCCACAGACGAACCAUUUCACUCCUCCCCGGAUAGCUAUGGGCGGGGUGCUGCUGGUGGGGGAGGGGGAGCUGCGGGAGGAGGAGGAAGGAAGGCGAGAACGCCUGGACCUGGGACGGGAGGGAGAGGAGGAGGAUGGGGAGUGGGCGUGGGAGUGGCGUCUGGUGCUGGUGCUGGUGGUGGCGGUUUUGGUGAGGGUGGUGGUGGGGGUGGAGGAGGUGGUGGGGGUGCGGGUGUGGGAGGGGGAGGGAAGGAUGCGCUGGGGAGAACAAUGUCUCUGCAGGCCAUGUCGCAGCAGGAUGCAGCGAGCAAGCUCAAGAACUUCCUCACCUGGCGCCGCAACAAGUCCGCGCGAGACCUCGAGGAAACUGCUGCUGCUGGUGGGGGUGUUGGGGGUGCUGGUGGGGGUGGUGGUGCUGCGGGUGGUGGUGCUGGUGGUGUUGGUGAUGGGAGUUCUGGUGGUGGUGCUGCAGAUGCUGUUUCUGAUGCUGCUGCUCGGGCUGCCGCCAGGUAUGAAGGAGAGCGAAGGGCACGCCACAGAGGAGGAAGGGAAGGAGGGGGUGGAAGUGGGGGAGGUGGGGGAGGAGGCGGAGGAGGAGAGGGUGGAGAAUUUGGAAGGGAGGGAGGGCAGGAUGAGGAGAGGAAGGAGGCGAUUCUCAGAAAGCUCAAGAUGAAGCAGCCUCCUCCAGGCAUGAUGAUGAACCCCAUGGGCGAUUUCACCGUCGGUGACUCCUUCAAUCUCGUCCGUCGAUCCGUGUCCCGCCCCGACAAGGACAAUCUGCACCGUCGAUUCCCGGGGUUCAAGGAUCGGCACCUCCUUGCCCAGGAGCGGCAGAUUUUUAACCUCCAACAGGCCGAAGCUGCGGCUGCCCUGAAAAAAUCGGGUAUUUCGGCUAACGCGUCCGUUGGGAAAACGCCGCGCGUCGCCGCCCCGGAGAAGCGCGAGCCAAGAGUGCCGUCCGCGCCGCCCAGGCCCCGAACCACCCGCCCGAGCCACCUGGACGAGGAAAUGGAAGUGACGCACGCCGCCGCCCUGCUCAACAAAGCAGUGGGCGGCGCAGUGCCACUUCCGCCGCCCCUGCCGCCGGCCGGCGGGGUUCCAUUGCCGCCCGCAAUGCCCAGAGGGAAACUGGGUGGGAAGGAGGGAAUGGACGAUGAGGGGAUGCGGAGGGCGCCUGAAGUGGUGGCGUUCUAUCAGCAGCUGAUGAGGAUGCAGAGGGAGGGACUGGGAGGUGUUGGGGGGAGGGAGGCGGAGGAGGGGUUGAGCAUGACGGCCGUGAGAGGGGAUAUGAUUGGCGAGAUCGAAGGACGCUCGUCGCACCUGCUGGCUAUCAAGCAGGACGUGGAGAUGCAGGGCGACUUCAUCAACACCCUGGCGAGGGAGGUGCGCGACGCCUCCUACUUCGACAUCGAGGACGUCGUGGCCUUCGUCAACUGGCUCGACGAGGAGCUGGCGUUCCUGGUGGACGAGCGAGCAGUGCUGAAGCACUUUGACUGGCCCGAGGCCAAGGCGGACGCGCUGAGGGAGGCAGCGUUUGAGUUCCAGGACUUAGUGCGCCUGGAGCGGGACCUGGGCAGCUACAUGGACGACCCUGACGUGCCCACCGACCAGGCUCUCAAGAAAAUGUUCCAUGUGCUGGAGAAGGUGGAGCAGAGCAUAUACGCGCUGCUGCGCACGAGAGACAUGGCCAUCUCACGCUAUGCUGAGUUUGGGGUGCCCACCUACUGGAUCCUCGAUAAUGGCCUUGUGGGCAAGAUCCGCCUGGCAUCAGUGCGGCUGGCGCGCUGCUACAUAACGCGGGUCACAUCGGAGCUGGACAAGCUAGGCAGCGAGCCGGAGAGCGAGCCCAUCAGAGAGUUCCUGCUGCUGCAGGCCGUGCGAUUCGCUUUCCGCACACACCAGCCCCUUCGAAAGUUGCUGCUGCUGCAGGCCGUGCGAUUCGCCUUCUGCACUCACCAGGUAAGAUUCGCCAGCCUCAACCCGCUUGUUGCUCUAUUCUCUCUGAACACACGUCAUUCGCAUUCCACUCACCAUCCACUCAUCCCAUCUCUAUCCCAUCCCCAUCACAUCCAUAUCCCAUCCCAAUCCCCAUCCCGUACCCAUCCACUCCCCAUCCACUCCCCAUCCACUCCUAAUCCACUCCCCAUCCACUCCCCAUCCACUCCCUAUCUCAUCCCCGUCUCACUCACACAUGCCCACUCACACUCCCUGCCCUUCCACUGA